AUGAGUAGUCCCGAUGCGGGUUACGCCAGUGACGAUCAGACCCAGGCUAGGUGCGCGAUGUCAGUCAUGAUGCCUGGAAUGGGACACUGUCAGUGGGGAGACCCCCUGAGCCCUCUCGGCGACACCAAAGUGAAGAGCGAGUCGUGCGCGACCAGCUCCGGGAACCAGAACCGUGGAAAGACUGAGCCGCGGAUCCGGCGACCCAUGAAUGCGUUCAUGGUGUGGGCAAAGGAUGAGCGCAAGCGACUGGCACAACAAAAUCCGGACCUGCACAAUGCGGAGUUGAGCAAAAUGUUGGGUAAGACAAUAAAAGUAGGCUUAAUUGAUUGUGUGAGCCUGUUACUUCCAUGAUAUUUAUAAAGACCAAUGUGAAUUUCUUAUUGAGCAAGUAUUUAAUUUUUAUAUAAUAAGUGACCAAAUGCUUAGUGAAUUAUUGUUAUUUUAAACAGUGUGUUGUCACGUGAAAGCAUAAUGAAUUUAUUCUUUGAGAAAUAUGAUAAAUAUUAUUGUAAGCUUACUUCAGUGAUUUUGGUUUGUAGUAUUUGAGUAGGGCCUAAUUUACAUGAAAAAGCACAUUAUGGAAACUAUCUGCCCUUACUCUGGCCAUUGAAAUAUAGAGUAAGUAACUAAUAUAAUUUCCAAAUGAAUAAUUACAACAAUUACUGCUUUUGAUCAAUAAUAAUAGUGAUGUUAUCAUGUUAUGAAAUCAGUGUUCUCCUGUUGUUACUAAAUUGGCAAAUAGCUAUUUUGGAGCACCACCAGUCCGCAUGCCUGAUGCCGCCAUAUAACUGAUGUGAACUCUGUUCUUGAUCUGUAGGGAAGUCGUGGAAAGCCCUUCCUGUGUCCGAGAAGCGGCCCUUUGUAGAGGAGGCUGAAAGGCUCCGGGUCCAGCACAUGCAGGACCACCCCAACUACAAGUACCGACCCCGGCGGAGGAAGCAGGUGAAGAGGAUUAAGCGUCUGGACUCAGGGUUCCUGGUUCAUGGUGUAUCCGACCACCAGAGCACCUCCCUGGUUGGGGACAGCUGGGAGUAUAAGGAGGGCCUGGGGCUGGGUUACCACCAUGAGCAUAGCUACCAGGUGUCGCCUCAAUCCCUUGUCCACUACCGCGACGCCCAGGCCCUCGGGGGGGCCUUCCUACGAACCCUACAGCCUGCCCACCCCCGACACCUCCCCACUGGACGCCGUGGAAUCAGACUCCAUGUUCUUCCCUGGCCACUCUCAGGAGGAGAGCCACGUGAUGCCCGCAUACGCCUACCACUCCCAGGGGGCAGAGUACCCGCCACAGGACCCUCACUCCAACCAGCACACCAACCACAUGCUCCACAGACACCACUCCUCCCCCACUGAGCAGCAGCAAGUCUCCCAGGCUGGCCCCAUGCCCCCCUCCUUCAACCAACUGGCCAUGUACUACAGCCAGCACUGUAGCCCCAGUCACCCCAAGCGACACCCAGGCCAUGGGGCAGGACAGCGCUCCCCUCCCCCUGACUCCCACCCAGCAGACCAGGUGGAGCAGAUGCACCCCUCAGAGCUGAUAGGGGAGGUGGACCGGAGUGAGUUUGAGCAGUAUCUGAACUCCUCCAGACCUGGGGACAUGACAGGCCUGUCUUAUGGGGCACAUGAGGCCAACAUGCAGGGACCUGAGAGCCUGAUAUCCUCUGUGCUCUCUGAUGCCAGCACAGUGUUCUACUAUAACUACAACUCCUAA